AUGGAGGAUAUCGGAGUUGAAGUUCAUGAUGUAUCCGUCGAUGGCAUACUUAGCGGACGUCUAAAGUGUAUCCUUGGUUUGUUCUUCAACCUCUCGAAAUUUAAGCAAAAACUUCGAGAGUGUCAAUCACAUCCGAAGUCAGUUGCCCAAUCUGGAAUUCCACAAAAGUCUGCAGACUCGCCUCUCACCUCGACCAGUCUGGACAGUCCAGAUAGUGAUAGACGCUACGUCACUCCACCUAGCUCCGUGCAGAGCAGUGUCCAGCACCAGGCACGACCCCUGAGUGACCCUCAGGCCCUGAAAAAGCCCAUUGACUCCAAGAGUCGUCUACCUGUCUUCCGUCAAAAUCGAACCAAAAAUUGUCUGUCAGAUUCGCCACAACCCAAGAGUGGCGAAUUAGCUGCUUCCUCGCUUCCAACCCGAUCAAUUCGUUCUCCACAGCCGAUUAAAAACCAGAAGAAUCUGCCCUCCAAAGCACCCAAUUCAUCCCUCGGUUCCCCUAGCACCAAUCCACCGAUGUUUCCCAUUAGUCGACCUGGGGGAGGUAUGAUGAAGCAUCCCUCGUCCCUCCCUCAUCCUGCUUCCAUUCAAACGCGCUCCUUGGUGGAUUUUGGUGGAUCUAGGCCCCUCCGAGAAAUCAGUGGUGAACCGCCAAUGCAACAACCAAUCAGCAAGUCUACUGUAGUGAACAAUGCCAUUUCACCGCCUCUCUUUACAAAGCCACACAUUCAGUACUAUCCACCGUCCAACUAUCCUGGAGUGAGUCAAUUGCCAGCCCCCACACUAUCCUUUAAUGCUGGAGUCCUGCGAUUCAACCGACCCUCCGAUUUCCUUCCACAAAGUCUCACACCUACAGCCUCCUCAAAAUCCAGUUCUUUCGCCUCUUUGUCGUCGUCAUCGAAUGGAGGUCAUCCAUUACCAAACAAUCUGAAGAUGCUACACAAUGAAAAUGAAAAUGUUAACGGAGAAAAGGACGACGAGGGAGAAGGAGAAGAGAGUCCACUGGGCAGUGGGGAAAUUAAUCGCGCGAUGUCACAAUUGGAGGAUGUAAAUCCAGGCACCUGGUCGGGUAGACUACCACCCACGCUUCCAGGAAUGUCAACCUCAAAUGGUCACUUCUACCUCACUACAUCCCGUCAAAGAGCCUCUCUGGAUCCACACCUACACAACGAUAAGAUUUCUGCAUCGGUGAAUCAUAAUGAUGGGGAUAAUAAAAGCAUCAAAUCAGAGUGCCUACCCGGGAAGGAUAUGAAUCGGCCUGCGAAACGUUUAGGCAUUCCACCGACUCUCUACUCCUCUGAAUCGAACCUCUUCACGCCCGACACCUGGUCCAACAGCCUUCCAAAUCGCCCUUUUCAUCGAGUCACUGAAGUGACCACCAUGGAGUCUCCCUCAACGCUGGCUCAAUUGCGAGCUCGGGCUGAUGGAAGGGAAGAAGUAACGAGCGAGAGGAUUUAUGGACCCUUAGGCUUCCUAAAACUCCCUUAUGAUCCCCCAAGAUCGCACAUAGAUCACGGAGAAGCUAAGUCUCCUUAUUCAGUUGUUGGUUGUACAAACAUGAAACAGUCGGACGAUGGGACUGGUUCUGAGGCGGAAAUAUGCCACCUCCGUCGGGAGUUGGAAUCGGCACGGCAAAAAGUCACCACAUUAACUUCGCAACUGGAGUUAAAUUUCUCCUGUCAGAUGGGAGGAUCGGAGAUGAUGAAACAAAUACAAAUGCUAACAGAAAAGCCCUUUUCACAGGUUCAUCCAAACCCCUGUGCUCAUUCCUCGCCCUUCAAAGGCGAGGAUGGGCUGGAGCAAGUGAUCGUAGGUGGUGUGGAGGCGACCUCCACCUUGGCCACAUUCCUGUUUAUUGCAGCAGUCCACAAUAUGGACCGGCUGUACCCUAACUUCUAUUCCCUCCAUGCCACUCCUGUUGAACCGUUGGAAGUCCGAUUCAAGCGUCGAUCAUGGAAUGCUUUCCCUGAAAACCCUCCACUACCCUACACUGUCUACACAUCGGUGCAAGAGACAACACUUCAAAGUCACCGACAUCAGAGGUGUUCGAGUGAAGCGCCCACCUCUCGAAGAGUCUCCACCUUCCUUCCGGACAACAGUAACAUUGAUGAUGAGGAAGUUGAUGAUGGAGCUGGAGAAGAUGGGGUGGAAGAGACAACCAACAGUAUCUCUCCCAUUCCACCGAUUGCAGUAGUUAAGCCAACUGUUGGAAGAAUGGAUGGUCGAAGGAUUCAUCGACCACAGCCUUGUUAUGGACUGUCAGCUUUACCAUCAUUAUCGAAUGACCUUCUACCUCCAUACAUGCAAAUGAGCACACCAGAGGUCUACUUUAACACCCACGGUCCUUCCAAUUUCAAACAACCCACAGUGAGUCUACCCAGACGCAGAACUCAAUUGAGACGUGAGAGAACACUACCAGCUGCAAGACACUCCGUUUUUGAGUAUCCCAACGUGGUGGACUACGGACCGCUUCAAAACGCGGUAAUGCAGGAUUUGACACUUCGGCGUCGAUCACGAAGGCAUCCAGAAGCGUCAGCCACAGCACCUCUUAGUCGACGAAGACCUUGCGGUAGUUCUGCUGCAAUUGUGCCACUAACAUCAAGGCCUUCCAUCGCCAUUGAAGUAGAGCAACUGUCGACACCCUUGACGAUGCCAAAACCUCAACCACCGCUCUGUGGUCGCAUGGAGCGUCAGGGUAGAAGCACUCGUGCCUGCCUUGUUUCCAAUUUUGAACAGAGUCUGGCAAACAUGGCACAACGCCUUCAAAGCCUAACUGUCUCGGCAGCUGAAAAGGAUUCCGAACUACGAGAACUGCGACAAAUAAUAGAUUCCAUGGUGCAGGAGCGAUCUUCCUCCAAUGCUGUUGAUCCAACCAGCGGCAAACCGCCGUUUCCUCCCUCGGCCACAGCGAGCACUAAUGCCAACUCUCCAGGUGUUGCCGCUGGGGACAAAGUUGAAGUGGAGGAGGAGAAGUCGAACAGUUGCCCUCCAGGAACUCCCAAGUCUUCAGGCAUCAGGAAGGGAGGCUGGUUAAGGAGCUCUUUUGAUCGAGCGUUCCGACGUCGUGGUUCUCAAACCUCACUAACUGGGGACGCUAGCUCUCAUGGCAGUCAUUCAAAGCCCUCUCGACCCUUACCAGUCAGUGCCUGGAAUUCACCCGAUCACCGGUCGUCACAUACAGAUUUGCGCAAAAACUUUGUUCGUGCGGCUUCUGUAUCUGCUGACGUGAGCAGAACUCAGGGUUACCCUGGCAACCACCUUGGUAAUGGCGGUUGUAUUGGAGUCGACGGUUCUAGAGUUGGACCGACUUCUCCACCUUCAAUAUCCAGCUCCGCCUGUUGUGAAGCUCACUCGCGAUGCCGUCUGUUGGAGGCAGAAGUGGAGGCACUGCGAAAAGAAUUGGGAGAACGUGAACGACGCCUAACAGAUGCCCAACUACAGGCUUUGGCGUCGGCGCAUCAAGUGGAUCAGCUUCGAGACCAACUAAACCUUCUCUUCCAACAGUUAAGUCUCCUGCGUUCCGACAACGAGCGUCUCCAUGCCUCGGCAGCUGCAGCUGCCAACUCCCCGCACUUCAGUGCAGAGUGA